GGUGGAGCCACUGGAAAUGGGCUCAGCUUGACGUCAAGCGGAGUUACGGUAAUGCUUACCGUAAUUACGUGGCUCAGGUGCUCCUUGACGGAGUUCUGUGCUUUAUAUGCUUAAAGCGGAAGCUCACGAAUGAAACCGCCCAGGGGUAGACUUCCCUGAGCUCUUCCACGACACAAUCCUUUCGAUUAUCGCAACUCCCAAAGCAUUCAAUUAUGUCCUCCGGACCGAAGAGCGCAAUGCCCAUCGUCUUUGGCGUCAUGACGAUUGGCAAGGCCGGCAUGGAAGGAAUACGAGUGUCGGAUCACAAGGACGUCAACAAAAUGCUCGAUAUUUUCCAAUCUCAUGGCCACAAUGAGAUCGACAAUGCGCGCCUAUACGGUGGGGGCUCUUCCGAGGAGUACAUGGCCACCGCAGACUGGCAGAACCGGAAGCUCGUCAUGGACACCAAACUCUACCCAAACGAGGGUAAAGGUAUGAAAAUGGGCGACAACAUGUACUCCCAUCGUCCAGAUGAUGUGCGGCGCGGCCUCUUGGACAGCCUCAAAGCCCUCAAUACUGACAAAGUCGACAUGUGGUAUCUCCACGGCCCGGACCGCAAUACGCCAUUCGAGGAUACCCUGCGCGAAGUAAACAAUCUCUACAAGGAGGGCUACUUCAACCGCUUCGGCAUCAGCAACUACAUGUCGUGGGAAGUAGCCGCCAUAUGCGAAAUAUGCGAGCGCAACGGAUGGAUCAAGCCCGUCGUCUACCAGGGGAUCUACAACGCACUGCACCGCGCUAUAGAGCCUGAGUUGAUGCCAUGCUUGCGCAAGUAUGGUAUCGCUCUGUAUGCCUUCCAGCCACUCGCAGGUGGCUUCCUCACUUCGCGGUAUCACCGUGACAUGAAGAACGAGGAGUACGAAAAAGGCUCUCGGUUCGAUCCGAAGCGCUGGCAGGGACAGCUACACCAGGGACGCUAUAUCAACAGCUUCUACUUCGAUGCUCUUGAUAUUAUUCGCCCUGUUGCUAAGAAACAUGGGCUGACCGAAGCGGAGUGUGCGCUACGGUGGCUAUCGCAUCACAGCAUGAUGGACAAGGAGAGGGGCGACAAGAUUAUUAUUGGGGCGAGCAGUGCGGAGCAGUUGGAAGCGAACCUAGUGGAUUUUGAGAAGGGACCACUGCCGGAAGAGAUGGUGCAAGCUUUGGAUGCAGCGUGGUUGCGCGUCAAGGGUGUGGCGCCUAAGUACUUUCACUAAACGCUCGAUAUCAUGGGACGGCUUGCUGGAUCUGCACUCUAGAUCGAGGAUUUCAUCUUCGCGGGCACAUUAAAUUGUCCAUGUCUAGCACAAAAACAGCUCUCUAUUUCAACAGCCCCCAGCCCAACGACCUGUUCCAUGAAUGGUGUAUUCAGACAGAGAUCGCUCAAAGCAUUGUCCAGUCGCAUUUGGUAUGAAGUAUCUCAGUAUGGGUAUAAGGUAUCGCGAA